AUGAUAGAAAUUGUUAGAUCAAUUCAAUUUACGUUUGGUUCUGAAAAAAGCCGAAAGAGUGAAAGUGAAAUCAGUAUCAUUCAAAGAAAUCUCGAUCAUGUAAAAUCAAGAAGGCACAAUAUUUUGAAUGGGGUUGAAUUAGCCAAAGAGGAUGAAAAAGAGCCUCCAUUUGACUAUGAAAGUAUAAAAGACAAGCAAGAUAUGCUGUUUCGAAUACAAGAAUCACAGCUUGAAUUAUCCACAUCUGAAAAGAAUACUGAACUAUUGACCGAUGCAGUUGCGAAAUACAUCAUUAGUGUAGGUAAUUAUCGAUGUAAUAUCAUGACUUUUAAAUCCCACUACGAGAGACUCGCAUCCGAGUUGAAGGAUUUAAAGAGACUACUGAGGAACUACACUUUGUUUGACUUUGCCAUCCAAAAGAAACCUAAAAACAUCAAAAGGUGCAGUUCUGAAUCCAAUAUUGUAUUUACCCAAGGGGCCCGGAAAGAGCCAGGGUUUAUGUCUUUGGGAGACAGGAUCAAAUCAAAAGAUGCAAAUGGAUCGAUGACAGAUACUCUUUCAAAUCAAAUCAUUGACAUGUCCAAUAAGCUCAGUGCUCUUAUUGAUAAACAGUCGAGAACAGUGCCAGAUUAUCAAGACGAUCAUGGUGUAGAUCUUGAGAAGAGAAAAAUGCUAUCGAGUGGCCCUAAUGGAAUUGAUUGUAACAAGAUAUCUGAACCACAUCCUCACAAAACUGUGCCUGCCAAAAGACCAAACUUUGAGUAUCUCAUUAAUAAGAUAUACUUUCAUAUAAGUUGUGGAAGGCAGAAUAUUCUACACCAAGAGUAUAUUGGUUUAAUACCCAAAAUAAAAAUGAGGACAGAUUAUGCUAUCUGA